GAGGGGGACUGGGGCAGCUCUGUGACUGGCACUCUGUGCGUGGUGGCCAGUGUAAACCUGCUGGUGUGGCAGCAGGGGGACUGGGGCAGCUCUGUGACGGGCACUCUGUGCGUGGUGGUGGUCCCAGGGGUACUGUGGAGCUCUAACGUGACCUUAAUCGACCUCCCAGGCCACGAGACCUUGAGGCUUCAAUUCUUGGAGAAAUUCAAAGCUGCAGCCAGGGCCAUCGUGUUCGUGGUGGACAGCGUGGCCUUCCAGAGGGAGGUGAAGGACGUGGCAGAGUUCCUCUACCAGGUCCUGGUGGACGGCACCGUGCUCCGCAACGCGCCCGCGCUGCUCAUCGCCUGCAACAAGCAAGAUGUCACAAUGGCAAAAUCAGCAAAACUUAUUCAGCAGCAGCUGGAGAAAGAGCUGAACACCUUGCGAGUGACCCGCUCCGCAGCCCCCAGCAGCCUGGAUGGCUCUGGCACGGGGGGCCCUGCCCAGCUGGGGAAGAAGGGCAAGGACUUUGACUUCUCCCAGCUGCCCAUGAAGGUGGAGUUCGUGGAGUGCAGCGCUCGGGGCAGCAAGGGAGAGGAGGGAGAUGCUGACUUUGAAGGCCUUGAGAAGUGGCUGGCCAAGAUUGCCUGA